GACCCUCCAAUCACCUCGGGGUCCCAUUUGAUUGGAAGGCGGCAAAGGCUUUAAUCUCGGACUAAUUCAGAUGCUUUUGAAGUGAACAUUUCUACCAGUUCUUGGUUUGGAAGGACUAGCGCGCGGAUCUACGAAGAGAGACAGCGCACUAUGCCUGUGGUGCCAGACGCAGCUUCGGAUCGGCGAUAGGUUCGCACUGCACCUCUGUACUGCUGACUGACAUCGACCAUACGGAUUAUAAACUGCAAUGACAUGUUUUUAUUCUUUAUAUGGACAUUUAUUUGCAAAUCUGAUAAAUGACUAAUCAACUAAUCGGGAGAGAAUUGGGUCAUGAUCACAUCGCCCUCGGUCUCUACACCAAGAAAUACUGAUUCAAAUUUAGUCUGGGAAAACAGUAACUUACGGAAUUGCAACUCCGCGAACGCCAGUAAGCCUUUCAUUCACUCGGCUCCUCCAUCUGACCCUCUACGGCAAGCUAGUCGACUACCCAUCAAGGUUUUGAAAAUGCUUACGGCACGAUCGGGACACAUUUUGCACCCAGAGUAUCUGCAACCUUUGCCAUCCACACCGAUUAGUCCAAUAGAGCUUGAUGCCAAGAAAAGUCCGCUGGCAUUGUUGGCGCAGACAUGCUCUCAGAUCGGCAAACCGGACCCUCCACCUUCUUCCAAACUUUCAUCAGUAACAUCUAAUGGAUCUAGCGACAAAGACUCAAAGUCCGGUCCUCUAAAAAUGAGUGACAUUGGCGUGGACGACAAAUCUAGCUUCAAACCUUAUUCUAAACCAUCAGAUAAAAAGGACGCGUCCUCUGGGGUUUCAAGUGGCGAGAAGUCUGGUUUCCGUGUGCCUAGCGCCACCUGCCAGCCAUUUACUCCAAGGACUGGCAGCCCGAAUUCCAGCACUUCAGCAUCUCCGAUGCCAUCCGAGGGAAAAGUUGGUGAUAGAGAAGACAAGAAAGAAUCUGAUUGUAAUAAAAGUGGCUCGUCUGAUGUAUUGGGAUCAAAUGGUGUUAACUCUAGCAGGAUAAGUGUUAGCUGUUCUGGAAUAAACGAGGGCAACCACCAUCAGGACUCCAUGGCAGGAUCAAAAGUAUCAACAUCGGAGUCCUCAACAGUAACAUCUGUCUCCUCUGCAUCUGUUUUGGGGUCGGGACUAGUAGCCCCAGUUUCCCCUUACAAACCUGGUCAAACUGUUUUCCCCUUGCCACCUGCUGGUAUGGCCUACCCUGGAAGUUUAGCUGGGGCAUACGCUGGCUAUCCACAGCAUUUUCUGCCCCACGGUGGGAGUCUGGUUAACGCACAGCUCGCCAGCUCGCUUGGUUGCAGUAAAGCAGGAUCUAGUCCUUUGGCCGGAGCAUCUCCACCUUCUAUAAUGUCUGCCAGUCUCUGUAGAGACCCAUACUGCUUAAGUUACCAUUGUGCCAGCCACUUGGCCGGUGCAGCCAGUUCCGCCUGCACACAUGAAUCGGCAGCGGCGGCAGCUGCCUCUGCCUUGAAGUCCGGAUACCCACUGAUGUAUCCAACACACCCCUUACACAGUGUGCACUCUUCGCCGCCAUCUUUUGGUGGACACCCUUUGUAUCCUUAUGGUUUCAUGCUUCCCAACGACCCCCUUCCACAUAUCUGCAACUGGGUGUCGGCUAAUGGACCCUGUGACAAGCGUUUCUCGUCAUCCGAAGAACUGCUUAAUCACCUGAGGACACACACUGCUUUCACAGGAGCCGAUAAGUUGAUAUCUGGUUACCCUAGUUCAUCAUCAUUAGCCAGUGCUGCGGCAGCAGCCAUGGCAUGCCAUAUGCACAUGCCACCUUCAGGAGCCCCUGGGAGUCCCGGGACAUUGGCCCUAAGAAGCCCGCAUCACGCGUUAGGACUAAGCAGUCGCUACCAUCCAUAUUCAAAGAGCCCAUUGCCAACCGGCGCGCCAGUCCCAGUCCCUGCUGCCACAGGCCCCUACUACUCUCCUUAUGCACUGUACGGUCAAAGACUUACCACAGCUUCAGCGCUUGGAUAUCAGUAAAAAAGACUUUUGUCAAAUUUAUAGAUAUACAGAUAAAAAAAUAUUAAAGACUUUUAUAUCAACGCUCCACCGAAGGACUGGAUCCGAGGACACUGUAUUUAUUUAUGUCGGCUUAAAGCAGACAAUAAGACAAAAUUAAAAUAUUUGAGCAACUCAAAGUGCAUUACGUUAAACUGAGCUCUGUAGGUAAAGUGAAACAUGUAGAAAACUAAUAAAAUAGGAGCGUUUGGUUCAAUGUUGAUUUUGAAAUUGCUAUGAUUGUAUUGUACGUUCUUAUUUAAUGUCUCUUUGAGAGGAUAUAAUUUACAUGCAUGUUUGUU